AUGGCACAAACUUGGGCUGAAUUAUCACGUAUUGCUGAUAAAAAUAGUCAAUAUGCAGCUCAAGAACUUGAAGAAGAACGUCGAAAACGUGAAAAAUCAAAUAGAAAAACUGAUAAAUCUCAAUCAGUUGAUCAAACAGCAAUUAAAAUGAUUCUCGAACGAAGACGUCAAAUAAAAGAACAAGACAAAUUAGCUGAAGAACAACGUUUAAAAAAAGCUAAUGAAAUAAAAAAACAACAAAAAGCAAUUCUUCAAUCUAAAACACAAAAACAACAACAACAACAACAAAAACCUAUACCACCAAAACCAUCUACUACUACUACUACAACAUCAAUUAAUGUUAAAAAAAAGACAUCCAAUGUUCCCUAUAAUGAUCUUAUACGUUAUGCAACACUUCAAGCUAAUAAACAACCUAUACCUAAAGAAUUAGCUUAUGUUGCUGAAUCACUUCGAGCAAAUAAAUCAUUGACGUCAUCAACAAAUUCUACUAUUUUAUCUUCAUCGAAAAAUAUUGUAUCUACUUCCAAACCAUUACAAACUUCAACUAAUCUUAAAAAAUCAACUACCUCGAAAACGACAACAACGCCAGUAACAAAAACUAAAUCAUCUAUUCAAUCGCAAUCUAAGUCGACUACAUCAGUUCUAUCAUCGAAUAAUAUAAAAUCAUCGAUCAAAUCUACAUCAUCUUCAUCUUCAUCUUUAUCAACAAAUCGAACAGCAAAUGGACAAAAAUCGACACAAAAUCGAACAGUAAAUGAACCAAAAAAUACACAAAAUCAAAUGUUCAAGGUACAAAGACUACCAACAAAUGGUCAACGAUUAACAACACCAAAUCAAACAAUAAGUGGUCAAAGAUCGACAUUACCAAAUCAAAUGACAAAUGGUCAAAGACCAAAACCACCAAAUCAAAUGACAAAUGGACAAAGACCAAAACCACCAAAUCAAACGAUAAAUGGACAACGAUCGAUGCUACCAAAUCGAAUGAUGAAUGGACAAAGACCACCAAUUGUACCAUCUCGAAAACGUCUUGCUAUCGAUACGGACGAUGAAGAAGAAGAUGAUGAAGGUAAGAUAACACAAAAAUGACGA